AUUUCCUGAGGAGAUAACAGGCUGGCCCAGGCAUUGUUCCCAGUUUCCAGCAAUGGCUGCCAUUACCUGACCAGUGCCACAGCCAGUCUCUCUGCGGCGCCGGGAGAAGUCACCAGCGUGGUCUCUCUGCUUUUCACAGAGCAGGUCUCUCAUCUGUGGCGUGUGGGGAGUGUCUUCUGCCCCAGGGGCAUGGCCCGAAGGCGGCACUAACUGUGUGAAGUCCUUGCUCUCAGGAUACAGCCGGGGUGGGCCCAAGAGGGCAAGAUGUGGCUCGGCGUCCUGCUGACAUUUCUGCUCUGUUCAAGUCUUGAGGGUCAAGAAAACUCUUUCACCAUCAACAGCAUCCACAUGGAGAUCCUGCCGAGCCUGGAGGUGCAAAACGGGGAGAACCUGACCCUGCAGUGCAUCGUGGAUGUCAGCACCACCUCGCAAGUCAAGCCUCAGCACUGGGUGCUGUUCUAUAAGGAUGAUGUGCUAUUUCACAACAUCUCCUCCAGGGAGAACACAGAGAGUUAUUUUAUUCCCCAAGCCCGGGUCUAUGACGCAGGGACCUACAAAUGCACUGUGAUUCUGAACAACAAGCAGAAAACCACUUUGGAGUACCAGGUGUUGGUAAAAGGAGUGCCGAGUCCCAGGGUCAUGCUUGACAAGAAGGAGGCAAUAGAAGGCGGGAUCGUGACGGUCAAUUGUUCUGUCCCGGAGGAAAGGCCCCCAAUACAUUUCACCAUUGAAAAACACGAACUAAAUACAAAGGGUGUCAGGCAAAAAAAAGAAAAAACUUCUCAGAACCAGAAUUUUGUGACGCUAAAAUUCACAAUUGAGGAACAAGACCGUGUUAUAUCAUUCCAUUGUCAAGCAAGCAUCAUUUCUAGGACCAAUGUGGAGACCUCUGAAUCCAGCAAGAGUGAACUGGUCACUGUGACAGAGUCCUUCUCUAUUCCCAAAUUUCACGUCAGCCCCGAGGGAAGGAUCACUGAAGGAGAUCAGCUCAGCAUUAGGUGCACCAUUCAAGUGAGGGACUUGGACCAGGUGCUUCCGGAAAUCAUAAUCCAGAAGGACAAAGCAAUUGUGGCACACAGUAAAAGCAGCCCAGAGGCCAUCUACUCAGUGAUGGCCAUGGUGGAACACAAUGGCAACUACACGUGCAAAGUGGAGUCCAGCCAGAUAUCCAAGGUCAGCAGCAUCGUGCUCAACAUCACAGAGCUAUUUUCCAAGCCAAAGCUGGAAUCUUCCCCCUCACCUCUGGACAAGGGUGCAAGUCUGGAUUUGUGGUGUUCCAUCCCAGGAGCGCCUCUAGCCAACUUCACCAUCCAGAAGGGAAACAAGGUUGUGUCUCAGUCGCAAAAUUUCACCACGGUAGCCUCAGAGUGGGACAGCGGGACGUAUACCUGCAUCGCAGGCAUCGGCAAGGUGGUCAAGCAAAGCAAGCCGGUCCGGAUAGCCGUGUGUGAAAUGCUCUCCAAGCCCGAGAUUUUUUGUGACUCCAAGUCUGAGGUGAUAAAGGGACAGACCAUAGAAGUCAGUUGCCAAUCCAGACGCGGAACCUCGCCUAUUUCUUAUCAUCUUUUAAAAGCAAGUAACAUUCUGAAGAGUCGUAACGUGAGCUCAAAUGAGCCCACAGUAUUCAAAGAUAACCCAACAAAAGACGUAGAAUACCAGUGCAUCGCAGAUAAUUGCCAUUCCCAUGCCGAAAUGGUCAGUGACGUUCUGCGGGUCAAGGUGAUAGCCCCGGUAGAGGAGGUCAAGCUCUCUGUCCUGUUGAGUGACGUGGUGGAGACUGGGAAGGACAUUGUGCUUCAAUGCUCCGUGAACAACGCAUCUGGUCCAAUCACCUACAGGUUUUACAGAGAAAAGGAGAGCAACCCCGUCUAUGAAAGUGUGUCAAAUGACACCCGCGCCGUUUGGCACGAGUCUGAAGCUAGCAAAGGGCAGGAGGGACAGUAUUAUUGCUUGGCAUCCAACAGAGCCAACCUUGCCAAAAACGCCCCCCAAAGCAACGCAGUGACGGUCAGAGUCUUUCUUGCCCCAUGGAAGAAAGGACUUAUUGCAGUGACUAUCAUCGGAGUGAUAAUUGCCACCUUGAUACUUGGAGCCAGAUGCUAUUUUCUGAAGAAAGCCAAGGCCAAGCAGAUGCCAGUGGAGAUGUCCAGGCCGGCAGCACCACUUCUGAACUCCAACAAUGAGAAGAUGUUGUCAGAUCCCAAUACUGAAGCCAACAGACAUUAUGGUUAUAAUGACGAUGUUGGAAACCAUGCAAUGAAACCAAUAAAUGAAAAUAAAGAGCCUCUGACCUUGGAUGUGGAGUACACAGAAGUGGAAGUGACCCCAUCGGAGCCUCACCAAGGUCUGGGAACAAAGGGCACGGAGACAGUGUACAGUGAAAUCCGGAAAGCUGACCCUGAUUUCGUGGAAAACAGAUAUUCUAGAACCGAAGGCUCCCUUGAUGGAACUUAGGACUGCAAGAGUCCUGGGAGGACAUCCACAUUCCAAGAAGAGCAGACGAUUCCUGUAUUCCAAGAGCUCUGUGCACUUAUUUAUGAACCUGCUCUGCUCCCACUGCACAUAGCAAUUCCUCAGACCAAGUCACCAGUUCUUAAAUCCAUCUUACUACAUUUAUGUUGCGUAUAAAGAGAUGCAUAGAGGCUGGCUAAUUUCCAACAUGGCCCACCUCCCACCAAGUUGGAGCAUCCUCGAGAGUGGAGAGCUGCAGAAGGAGGUUCAGAGUAAACAGGCCAUUGGGAUAUUUCGAAACUUGAAUAUUUUGUCUUGUACAGAGAUAAAGAACUUUUCCAAGUACCCUCAUACACAGAAACCUGUUUUUGUUUUGCAGUCACUCACUUCUAGCGAAUGGCCUGGCUUAGGGGCUAGUUUUUCUCUUUGCCUUUGGUCCUUCCAAGGCCUGUGGCUCUGGGUAGUCCUUGUUCCUUGGAAGUGCACAGCAUGACCAGAGAGCGGCACCCUGUCCCCUCUAUGACCUCACCCACCACAAAUGGGAAAACAAAGCUGCUUGGGAGCGACCCCUUUGGAUGCCAACUUGAAGACAAGGUUCAUUCCAGGCAAUGCACAAAAUAGAAAAUGAAGUUGGACAAAGCACAGAUGUUCUUAAGCUGUUUUUCUAUACCCUUUCUUUCUUUUUCCUCUACCUUGCUGAAGGCUGAAAGACAGGAAGAUGAUGGCCUACAGCAAAUAUUGUUUUUAAUAGAAAAAUGAAAUGCAUAUUUUUCUUACUAAUUUUUUUUUAUUUAUUCCUUCCUAAGGAAAUGGUCUCUUGAGGUCUUAAGAUGUUUCUGAUGGUGUCUUGAGUGGGUGGACGAGGGGCUGUGGCCAUUUUGUGGUGGAAUUUCACUAGUGAGCACACCUAACCGAAACCACGUCCCCCAUCCACCUCAGAGUCAUGGCUGCAGGGACACUGUGGGGUGUUAUAUUAAAUAAAUUUGAUCUUUACUCUUCA